GAAUACGCUACCGUAUCUUCCGCGGUGUGUUUAAGUGUGUUGCCAAAGUAAUGAUUGAUUCGUUUUUCGAUGAUUCCUCAAUAAAAAACGAACUUAACAAUGACUUUUCUACCAACUGUUACUCCACUGUUGAUCUCCAGUCUGAUUUCUCACUUGAUAAUGUGGAAAUAUAUCCAGAAAUACCUAAUAAUGAUUCUUAUGGUGCUCUAUUUCUGAUGGACUCUGCGGACCUUUUAGAUGUACGUGAAGAAGUUAUUGGUGAAGAACAUUUCGCGUCAAAUCUUGAUCAACCACCAUACAUGGAAGGACUUUCAAGGAGGUUUGGACUAUUCUCUGCCAAGAGUUCACGAAUCAGUACCAGUCAUAAAGAUAAAGGUAAUAAGGAACACGAUGUUUUCCAUGAUAAAAAUUCUUUUUCCGAUGAACAGAAGCAUAGUAAAUGUUCGUGGAAUGAUGGAUCUGAAGAGAUAACCGAUAAAGCCUAUUUAUGUAACCCCGAUAGUCCAUUAUCGAUCUCUAAUGACAUCGGAGUAACUUCAUCAGAUAGUAUAGAUGAAGUGUUUGACAAAGAUCAUGUAACCAGUCACGAUAUCAUUGAUGGUGACGAUGUUUCUUUGGAGAGGCUUUCCGAUCUUCAUAUUCCAUUACCAUUAUUUCACACUGAAUCUAAUUAUUCAGAUUCUUCACAGAUAAAUCCUUCCGAUUCAGAAGUGGAUGCAUGCAGUUUGUUUUCGUCAAAUAACUGUGCUACAAAUCAAUCUGAUGAUUAUGUCCAAAUAAAACAUCUUAGAUCGACUGACUCAUCUAAUUUAAACUCAAAUGAAUCUGCGACUAAAAUCCCUACCUCGGUACCUGUAUCGUCAUUAUCUUCUGCAAAAACAACUGAAAUAAUACGACUACCAUCUCAUGUUAACCAUCUAACCACAACAGUUAACCCGAACUAUCCAUCUAGGCCAAUAUCAGCUUGUCUUUCUUUAAAGUCGAAAUAUCGCCGUUGUGGACAAAUAACACUGAAAUCAGGUGCAUCCAUCCUUCGUACGAAAAGUUCAUUUAAUGAAUUAAAGCCAUGCUUUAAACCAACAUUCACUUCUACACGUUUUGCUCAUUGCGGAUUUCUAGCUGCUUCUCGUUUUUCCGGAUCAAUAAAAGAAUCAGCAGGUAGUCCAACUUGGUUUCCGAAAGUUGCAUUCGUUAACUCUAAUACACCACUCACUCUUAGAAAACCAGCUAUUGUGAUUGCCUCAUCAUAUCCCAAUUCUAGAUCAGAUGCCACAUAUCUGAAAAGUGAAGGAAUAAAUUUUAUGACACAUUCUUCCGUUAUGCAAUCAACAGAUUUACAAUCUUCUCUUUUAUACAGUCAAAAUGGAUUUUAUAUUUCUACAAUGCAUCAUAAUUCAUUAGGAGGCAAUAAUCCCGGUGAUUUAGCAUCAGUUGUAACCGCUACAAUCCCAUCUGAUUUCACAUCAAAUCGUACUGUAUUCUGCCCUCAUCUUGGUUGUGGGAAAACAUUUCGAGAUACAGCUGCAAUGCGUAAGCAUUUACAUACCCAUGGUCCACGCGUUCAUAUCUGUGCAGAAUGUGGUAAAGCGUUUGUUGAAUCAAGCAAAUUGAAACGUCAUCAACUUGUUCAUACUGGGGAAAAGCCUUAUCAAUGCGCAUUUGAUGGUUGUGGUAAACGUUUUUCUUUGGAUUUCAAUCUACGUACUCAUUUACGUAUUCAUACUGGGGAUCGACCGUAUCCGUGUCCACAACCUGGUUGUAGUAAACGUUUUGCUCAGUCGACAAAUUUAAAAUCACAUUUAGCAACACAUAGUAAAAUUCGAGCUACUCAUCAAUCAAGUUUUAUGAAUAGACAUCAUUUAAAUUCUACUGUGAAUGGUAGUGGUGGUGGUGGUUCAGUUCUGCUACGCCCUGCUGCUGCUCAUCCUAAUCAUACACAUGAUCAACCUAUUCCAAUUUCAUUAAGUAGUUCUAUUUUACAAUCCCCAAUGAAUUUUUCCACUAUAAUUCCCAUAGGAUCUAAAAAUAUAAACGUUCGUAAUCGAUGUGUCAAUAGAUUCAAGUCAAAUUUAAGUUCUUUAUUUCAAGAGGUUCAUUUAGAUAACUCUCGAUUACAUACUUCAUCACUACUGAAUAUUAAUAAUACUUUGUCUAUCCCUACAUCAAGUCCAGAUCAGUGCGAACCAACAGAUAUCAGCCCACUAUCUCCAUUGGAUCUGACUUCUUCCUCGACAGAAUCCAACAGUUCUACAUUGUCAUCUCAAAGUGCCACAACUCACAUAAAGCAUAACAUUUCAUCUUCUAGAUCGGUGAUUUCAAAAGCACAACAACUAUCCACUAAUACAAUCGAAAGUCAAUUAACUGAUUUCACCAAUUCCACUACUACCAAUGAUGCUGUACGAUUGUUUGAAAAUCAUUCUUUAGAAUGUUCUAUAAAUUUAGACCAUGAAAAAAUUGAUCUCAAUGUUGGGGUUACACAACCUAUGAUUAAUAAAACUGAUGAAGAUUUUUCUAAUAAUUCACAUGUGAAUAUUGAUGACAUUUAUUACCAGUCAUCUUUUAUCAAAUCUGAAUCCGAUAUUACUGUUAAUAAUUCAAUCCCACCAAUACAAAAUUGUAAAACAACAAGACGCUCAAGAAAAUGUUUAAGUAUAACUAAACGAUCUGAAUCGCCUAAUUUUGAAGAUUUUCUAAAAACUCAAGAUGAUAUAAGUUUUACUGACGAGGAUGCUUUAAAAAAACAUCAUUUUUACCUUGAUAGUGGUAAUGAUCAUUUGUCGUCUAACAAUAAAACACCAUCAUUGAAAUCAUCAUAUCGGCGUCGUCGUCGACGACAUUGUAAAUCAAAAUCAGAUAGUAAUAAAUAUAUAUGUAAAACAUCAUCAUCACAUUCUAACAGUAAUGUACUCAUUACAUCAUCACAUUAUGGUACUCGUUCGAAAUCUCGUGAAUCCUUUGAUAAAAUAUUACCUAAUCAUCAACGCGGUCGUCGUCGUUGUACAUUAAAAACAUGUGCCAAACGCCGUUUUCGUCCGUAAAAUAUAGAUUUGUUUUGAUGGACGGAUUCUACCUCUUCCCUGUUGUCUCAUCAUCACAAAAACAAACACACAGACCCCAAUAUAUAUAUACACAUUUAUGAUGUUAAUCUUUCUAUGAUCUGUAUCUCUAUGUUCAUCAUUGUUCAUAUUUAGUCAUUUUAUCACCACUACCUUUAUCACGACGCAUACAUUUCUGAAAAUAUUAGUAGUUCCAUGUUACAUCGCUCAAAUUAUUAUCAAAACUAUUGAUUUAUUCUACUCAUACACAUAUAUGUUUUGAGGAAUGUUUCUUUCGGGUCUUUUUUUUCUCCUUCUAGAAUAUCUUUUAUUGAAAAUUAUUAUUCCCAUGACAUUUCCAUAAAUAUACACGCAAAUUAAAAUUUGUAAUAUCAACGUAUGUAAACAGUUCAUUGAUCUUUUUUUUUGUUCCUAUAAAAUUACCAUUCCUGUUCAUUUUACCUUCAUGCCGGUAUGUGUAUGAGUUUUUCUCUUAAUUAUCAUUUUGUAAACCAUUAUUACACUCUACUGGGAUCUCUAAAGGCGGCAAACAGAUUCACUAUAUAUAUAAGUGAAUUCAUUAUAUGUGUAUUAAAUUAUCAAUAACUUAUGUAUGUUGUUUUUGCAUUUAUUCAAUUACAUAAAUGUGCAAUAUUCACUUUAUCAAUGCAUUUCAUUCUGAUUAACUAUUACUAUAAUUAACAGGAAUAUACAAUGUGCAAUAUAAAAAGCAACAUGACAAAAGUAACUGUUUAGCAUAGAACAGCUGACUUUUUUUUUCAAAAAAAAAUUGUUUUAUCCCCCACUUCACCCCCCUUUAUUCCUUUAAAUAUUCAUGUGCAAUCAUAUUUAAUAUUCAUUUAUUGGUUGUUUCUUUUUUUUUUUGCUUAAACAUUGUUUUCCUUGUUUUUUUUUCUUGUUUUUUUCGUUUUAUGUUUUAUUAAUGAAAUCAACCAACAACAAAAAAAAACAAGAAAAAUUCUAAUCAAAUAUCUUGUAUACUUCCUAGUCGAUCUUUCACUAAUAUGCAUAUAUAUAUAUACAUACUUUGAUGGAAGUCAUAAAGGGUUUUAUUGUGGAUGUUAUUGUAAUUUCAUUAGUUAAGAUCAUGAGUCAAUUGAAGGUAGACCACUAUGGAAAACUUGCUGUCUAGUGCUUCCAGGUUUUCCAUAAUGAUCUAACUUCAAUUGACUUAUGAUCUCAACUAUUGAAAUUUUAUGAAUGUAUUCAAUCAAGUUCAUGAUUUCUUCUUGUUUUAUUCUAUUCUUUAUUGGUAUUGUUAUUGUUGUUUUUAAAAAACCUAUACUCUAGUCAUAUCUCUAUCACUUAUCCACGUAUAUAAUUUCAAUAGAAAAUGGUAUAACUAGUGAAAUAUUUUCUUUUCUUUUGCUGACAACGGACACAUCUAUAUUUAUAUUAAGAAGAAAAAUGUUGUUAUUCUGAUUCUUAGAAUAAUCAGUUGUAAUUUAUUCUCCUUAAUCAAUAUUAGAAGUUACUGUAGUUCGAGAUGUUUGUUAUUAGUGUUAGAGAGAUAAUAAUAGUAUUCUUGCAUCAGUACUAUGUGUGUGUGUGUGUGUAUCUAUGGUGAAUUUCUUCUAAUCUUUCCUUAUUUCCCUUUAUUCACCUGUGUUUCUAUGUCUGUCCAUUUAUGUAUACGUACACUCUUAACAUGACAUGUCUAUUAUAUGUCUAUCCCACGUACUCGUCCAUUAUAACUAUUAUAUCUGCAUUUAUUUAUUUCCUUUUUUUUAAAAAAAAAUGUUUAUUUACUGUUACGAUCUAUCGUUGUUUUGUUUGUUUGUUUGUUUGUUUUUUUCAAUGUUUCUCAUCUCAAAGAUAUUUUCUUCACAUUGUUAUCGAUCUGUUGUCCAAAUAUAAAAAAAUCACGAUAUUUUCCGAUUUUUUUUUGUUAUAGCCUGGUUCUUACUGUUUUGUUUGUUUUUCAUGUUUGGUCUGGAUGUUGUUGUUGUUGUUAUGAUCAUGAAUUUAGAAAGUAUGGAAUUGUAUGUGUGUAAUUCAAAGGGACUCGAUCGAUUUAUCUUUUUGAUGUUUUUAAUGGAGUUUUUUUUUUUCUUCUCUGUAUCCAUACAUUGAUAUGUGUAUUUGUAUUUGUUUAUUGUACUCAAAUAUUAUUACUGUUAUUACUUAAAUGAUAAUAUUCAAUUAUAUUCAGGUUUUGUUCAUUUUUCUUUUACUUUUCAAUUAUUAUUUACUUAUCUAGUUAUCUGUAUUCAUUGAAUAAUAUAUGAACUUUAUAUUUAUUUAUGUAUUUCUAACAGGAAGGUUGACUACUGACUCCGUUGUUGUUGUUGUUUUUUCUAAUCAAACAAAAGAAACGCUUAUAUCGUUUAAAAUUGCGCAUAUUUUCUGUCUAAAUUGAAUGUAUUGUUUGUUAAAUUAGAUAACUUACCUGAGUCUAUU